AUGGCGCAGCCACAGGCAGGUUACUGGACGCUUCCUAUUAUUGCGUCUUACCUCUCCGAGGUAAACCCUGCGAAUAACCCUUAUCAGGAGAGGAUCGAUCACUUGUGGUCGAAUAUCCUCAACCACUACUUCCCACUGCGCGAUGGUUUUGGUACCGAGAGGGAAGCACUUGUUAAACCCCCAAGGAGAUUUGCGACUAACGUUGCUAUCACCAACGUGCGCCCUUUGGGUAUGCACAAAGUGGUUCUCGUCGAGGCUAAGACCUUCCCACGGAACACGGACAUUGGCUGGUUCAGCGUGUAUCCGUGGGCCGAUGUUGAGAGCAUACUCCAGUCCUUCAUGAAGAAGGCCCCUGAUACCUUUGGGAAUGUGCAGACUAUGUACGGAAUUGUUGCGGUUGGAGAUAGGGUUCGUUUCUACACCAUGAACUCGCAAAACAACACGGGCGGCAUCCUUACGCCGUUUCCAGUAGGAGGACCUCAGCCCCUGCUGAGCGUUCACACUGAUGCGCACAGUAUCCAUGCCAUCCUGACUGCCAUUUCGCUGGAGAUUCGGACGGGGUGGAAUACAUAUUAA